UUACAGAAGUGCGACCCUGUGAGACGUCUGGUUGAAGUAAAAAUAAGUACAAUUUAUGACACAAUAUCAGACAGUUUCAAAUGAUUAUCUGAAUAACUGUGCUGCCUGUAUUUAAAUGGACAGUGGAAGAGGAGGAAGAGGAGGGAGAGGAGGGAGAGGAGGGAGAGGAAGUCGUGGUGGAGAGGACAGAGAUGUCCGCCUGUCUAAAUCCAUGUCUUAUGCUCUUCGCCAUGGAGCCAAUCAGAUGGGUCUUCAAAUGGGCACAGAUGGCUUCAUUUUUGUGGAGGAACUCUUGGCUCAUCCGCAAUUUCGCUCAUUCUCAUUGGAAGAUGUCGAAAGAGUCGUGGCCACAAAUGACAAGCAGCGCUUUAAGCUUUCCCCCCACCCGGAGGACGGCCGCCUGCAGAUCCGAGCCAGUCAGGGCCAUUCAUUACAGGUUACGGAUUUGGAGCUGAAACCGGUCCUGGCUGGUUCUCCAGACUGCCCUGCUGAGGCUGUUCAUGGCUCCUACCUUCGCAACUGGAGCUCCAUCCAGCAGCAGGGCCUGAGCCGCAUGAGGAGGACACACAUCCACCUGGCACCGGGACUGCCAGGAGAGGAGGGUGUCAUCAGCGGCAUGAGGAAAGACUGUGAUCUAGCUGUGUAUGUUGAUGUCUCCAAAGCUCUUGCUGACGGAAUUGAGUUCUUCUGGUCAGAUAAUGCUGUGUUGCUGACUGCGGGUGACGCAGAAGGAAAACUUCUCCCUAAAUACUUCAGUCGAGCCUUAAAACUGAGACCCACAAGGAGCAUCCUACCACUGCAGUAGCAUCAGAGGAUACUGUUGUUUGUCAUUGGUCAUAGCAGGAAUCAUCUGACUGUGCUAGCAUCCUAUGGUUGGUUGAUGCUUAUCCUGGUUCCCUGGGUAUCGCAAUGGGAGAAUCCAUUCAGAAAUCAUCUGAAAUGGGACUAAAUUGGUAAACUUUUCAUUUUUGUGUCAUUAUUGAAAGCAUCAGGACGGUUUUAGGGAGGCAUACUUUGUUUUACAUGACAAGUUAAUCAACUUAUGCUGGCAAUGUAUUUAUAAAUAUAGAGACUUUGUUUUAUCCUUUGCAUUGUAAAUGCUAAAUAAACUAUGGCAGAAAUUGACUACCAAGAUCAUUUUACCAUGCAGUUGUAAAAUAUAUAACUCUGGUUACAAACAGUCUGCUAGCAACAACCAGCUAAGCCUUUAAAUGUCUUAUGAAGACGUACUGUAUGUGUGGAUAGUCACUUGACUAUUUCAGUAAAAACAGGAUACAGACACUGUGGUUUUAGUUAACGGAUUCCUGUAACUGUUUCUUGUAAGAUAUGGACACGGACACACACACACACACACACACACACACACACACACACACACACACACACACACACACACACACACACACACACACACACACACACAACAUGUGAGCGGAGAUAAAUGGUCAGA